AUGCAUGUAUUAAUUUGAUUAUGGGAAUGGAGAGGGAACUGUGUAAUAUGGGAGGAAUAUGGAAUAAUAACGCAAUAUGGAGAAUUGGGUGGAGAAGGAAUUUAGGGAUUAUAUGAGUUUUUAUUUAUAAAUGUGCUUAAUAUAAUCACAUUACUGA